AUGCCCAAUCCAAAACAAGAAAAACAAUUCGAGAGGUUUCUAGAUGUCUUCAAGAAACUUCAAAUAAAUAUUCCUUUUGCUAAAGCACUUGAGCAAAUGCCUUCCUAUGCCAAAUUCAUGAAUGAGCUGUUAUCUAAGAAAAGAAAGCUUGAUAAAAUAGUCCCUUUGAUUGAAGAAUGCAAUGCUAUUCUACAAGGGAAGCUCCCUAAAACAUUAAAAGAUCCAGGUUCUUUUAGCAUUCCAUGUUAUAUUGGAAAUUGCAUCGUGGGGAAAGCUUUAUGUGUUCUUGGGGCCAGCAUUAAUCUCAUGCUUCUUGCUAUCAUGAAGAGACUUGGAAUAGAAGAAGUCAAGCGUACUAGCAUAACUUUACAACUUGCGGACAGAUCUUACACAUAUCCUUAUGGUGUUGUAGAGGAUUUGCUAGUUAUGAUUGACAAAUUUGUUUUUCCUGCAGAUUUUGUAAUUUUGGACAUGGAAGUGGAUGCCAACAUUCCUUUAAUUUUGGGCAGACCAUUCUUAGCUACAAGAAGAGCUUUAACUGAUAUUCAGAAGAGAGAACUUAUGUUGAGAGUGUAG